GGACAGAUGGGCUCAGCCAUCACCACAUGUUCACUGGUUCACUGAUGUAAUGAUCGUUUUUAAGAACCGGGUUGCCCCUCCAAAAUCGUCAAACUCAAUUCCACGAACUUUUUGUCGUCAUUCUCAUCCACUUCUAAUUCCUGUCAAGACUUUUGCCAAGUUUUAGUCGCGACUAUAGUAUAUAUUAUAAACCGAACAGUAUUCUCACCGAGCCAACAGUAUCUGUAUACAGAUACACACAAGGAAGCACAAGCUUAACUGUCACACACCUACACCCGCGAGGGCACUACAUCGCCUUUGGACUGCUGAUCAGGUUCAUCGGUCAGUCCGCGACAUAUAUAGUCGCAUAGCCAAGUCACACGCAGCAGGAACGUGCGAAACCCCCGAGGAAAACAAAAACGGUCUACACGACCUACUUGGACUUUGUGUUGUGCGGCGUAGUGCAACGAUUAUAUCCAUCACGAAAAGCCGCCCCGCGCGCACUUAUAAACCUGUCAAAUUAAUACCUUGACAGUUCGGAGUCGUUUCCCCGUUGUCGUCAUAGUCCGAAAUCUACGACGACGUUAAUUCCGCCCGAUUUUAUUCACGCUUCGAUAUCGCCUAACAUCACAUUUUAUACUCGUUCAUCAAACUAUUUAAUUCGAGAUAUCCUUCUAUUUGAUUCAAUAAUUUAUUACUAAUUUCUUCAUUCUACUAUGGCAUAUAGGCGGGUAGAUGACGAUCUCGCCUACGGUGACUCGUAUGGCGAGAGGUGGGACAAGAGUCGCUUCGCUGUUGAGAGUGACCGUAGUCGGCAAGGUGCCGAAAGAGAUCGCUUUGAGGAACACGACCGUUACUAUAAUCGCGGCCCAGGAGGUCGGGUUCGUGAGGCCUCUGUGGAUGAAAGAUUCGAGCGAAGAGUACCACGUCCGUGGGAAGAGGAUUUUCCGCGCGAGAAAAGAUAUUACGAUGAAGGCCCACGUUUUCGUCGCUCCCCACCUCCUGAGUUAGAACGGCGUCUUGUUAUCGGCCGUGAACGGGCUGAGCGGGAACGUGAACGAGAAUUCCGUCCUCCGUCCCCUCCACGACGACCUGGUCAGCUAAUCCGGCGGCAGUCGUCUCUUGAUACAUUUGAUAGACGGCCUCUACCACGAUUCAUUGAUAGGGAGGAAUCUGAUACCUACUCCCGUCGCGACGAUUUCCGUCCUGAGCCGUACAAGCCGAUUCCCCUUCCACGAUCAAGAGCUUUGCCUCCGCCGAGGAUAUAUGCCGAGCGAGAAUUCGAUGAGAUCAAGAUCUCUGAGCCCGAUCGCUAUGGCGAUGAAGAAUACCAUGCUUAUCCUGAGCGUAUUCGCGAGAGAGAUGUUGUUAAAUUGAAGAGUCGCCGCGGAAGUAGUGCAUCGAGAGAUAAGCGUCGUGGCAGCAGUGUUCGAAGCAGAAGCAUCUCACGAACUUCCGUCUCAUCAGAUGAUUCGAGCAGUACUGGAGGCACCAGCGUUACUGUCAAGAGCGUUAAGAGCGAGUAUCCCAAGAAAGGAAAGACGAGAAUCCCUGUCCGACUCGUUUCAAAGCUGGCGCUCAUUGACCUUGGUUAUCCGUUUGUUGAAGAGGGUAACGUCAUUGUUGUGCAAAAGGCUCUCGGCCAACAGAAUAUCGAUGAUUUACUUAAGCUGAGCGAAGACUACAAGAAAUCCGAACGAGAAGUUGCUUCUGCUCGCUCUGUUUCCGCGGGCAUCUUUGAAGAAAGAAGAGAAGAGGUGUUUACUCUUCCGCCACCGCCAAUUGCAGCGCCCCCAGUUGCAGCGCCUCCUCCUCCUCCCCCAGCAAUUAUCCAUACUGCGGCACCUGUUGCACCAGCUACACAAACCCCCGUUGAGGUUGUCCAGGAGACGUUUAUUCGCGAGAGCUCGCCUACUCCUACUCGCAGCACUCGGAGCCACCGUAGUCAUUCUACUUCUACAACUCGUACCCCCGUUAUCAUAGAACCCCGAGAAUACAGCGAAGAACUUGCCGUAGGACCUCUCGCGUUAGUCAGUGACCGGCGGCGAUCAGAGAGAGACAUCAAGAUGGAAAUCGCUCGGUUAGAGGCGGAGCGCGACCUACUGAAAGUAGACCGACGGCACCACCACCACUCCCACUCCCGACACCGGUCGCAUAGUCGCAGCACCGAUCGAGAACUGGUGUCGGCCGAACGCUUACCGACGGGUGAGCUCGUCCUUUAUGAGGAACAGGUCGAGAAGAUCGAGGAGCCACGGCGCGGGGUGCGCAUUGAGAAGGACAAGAAAGGACCGCCGCCUGGUUUGAUGAGAGCUAUGCUUGCUACUCUUACCUAGUAACGUCCUAAGCUUGGCUUGCGCUGGCUACUUUCGCAUGUUGAAGAUAAAUAUGGGUCUAAUUAAUCUCGGUAUCGACUUUAGUCUAAGGGUUAAGGACAUCGAGCUUUACAUCAUCUAUGGACAAGAUUGGCGUUUUACUACUUUCGAGAUGUCAUUAUAAUCAUGUGUCACGUUCUGCUACAUUGAUGGCACCAGUUUCUCCUGUUAGGCAGGUUAAAGGGGCGUUCUAUACUGGAUACAUUUGGCCAAACCCUGGGUCUCUCUGUCCUCGUGCGUUUCAGAUACAAGGGGUCAUCUUGAUAGUUGAUAUAUCAUAUAUCUCUAGGUCUUAGAGAAUAGCUUGGCUACAGUGGAAAUCAUCAAUGAAUAACGACCUUUAUUCACUUCACAGACCAACAAUUUGAUCAACAAUUUUUAUACCCCGUCGUAUGUUGUGUAUACUUACGAUAUGCCGAGUAAUAGGAUGAGCAUCAGUAUCAUAACACGAACCAAGCACGUAUAAAGCAC